UUUUUUUUUUUUUUUUUGAGACAGAGUCUUGCUCUGUUGCCCAGGCUGGAGUGCAGUGGCGCGAUCUUGGCUCACUGCAAGCCCCGCCUCCCAGGUUCACGCCAUUCUCCUGCCUCAGCCUCCUGAGUAGCUGGGACUACAGGUGCCCGCCACCACGCCCAGCUAAUUUUUUGUAAUUUUAGUAGAGACGGGGUUUCACCAUGUUAGCCAGGAUGGUCUCGAUCUCCUGACCUUGAGAUCCGCCCGCCUCAGCCUCCCAAAGUGCUGGGAUUACAGGCUUGAGCCACCAAGCCCGGCCUGUUUUGGAGGAUCUUCUAUACAUAAGACCAUGUCAUCUGCAAGUAGAAAUAGUUUUCUUUUCCAAUUUCGGAUACCUUUAAUUUCUUUUUCUUGAGUAAUGCUCUGGCUAGAAUGUCCAGAACAAUGUUGAACAGAAGCAGCAGCAGUGGGCAUCCUUGUCUCUUUCAAAGGCUUUUUGUUUCUCACCAUUGAGUAUGAUGUUAGCUGUGUUUGUGUUUUGUUUGUUUGUUUGAGACAGUCUCCCUCUGUCAUUCAGGGUGGAGUGCAGUGGUGCGAUCUCGUCUCACUGCAGCCUCCACCUCCUGGAUUCACGUAAUUCUCGUGUCUCAGCCUCCUGAGUAGCUGGGACUGUAGGCGUGCGCCACCAUGCCCAGCUAAUUUUAAUUUUUGUAUUUUUAGUGGAGAUGGGAUUUCAACAUGUUGGGCAUCUGGUCUUGAACUCCUGAUCUCAAGUGAUCCACCCGCCUCGGCCUUCCGAAGUGCUGGGAUUACAGGCAUGAGUCACGGCGCCCGGCCUGAUGCCUGAUGAAGGCCCGGCCUGAUGAAGUUUGUUUCUAUUCCUAGUUUAUUGAGUCUUAUUAUCAUGAAAGGGUUUUGAAUUUUAUGAAAUGGUUUUUUCUGCAUCAGUUGGGAUGAUCUCGUGGGUUUUUCUUCAUUCUGUUAAUGUGGUGUAUGACAUUGAAUUUCGUCUGUUCAUUCACCCUUGCAUUCCUGGGAUAAAUCCUACUGGGUUAUGGUACAUAAUCCUUUUAAAAAUGCUGUUUUUCGGCCAGGCACUGCCUCACGCCUGCAAUCCCAGCACUUUGGGAGGCUAAAGUGGGCGGAUCAUGAGGUCAGGAGUUUGAGACCAGUCUGGCCAACAUAGCGAAACCCUGUCUCUACUAAAAUACCAAAAUUAGCUGGGCGUGGUGACACGUGCCUGUAGUCCCAGCUGUUCAGGAGGCUGAGGCAGGAGAAUAGCGUGAACCUGGGAGGCAGAGGUUGUGGUGAGCCGAGAUCACACCACUGCACUCCAGCCCUGGGUGACAGAGUGAGACUCCAUCUCAAAAAAAAAAAAAAAAUGCUGCUUUUCUGGCAGGCAGCACUUUAAAAGGGACUGUGUUUGCUCAUAUUUUUUCGAGAACUUUUACAUCUAUAUUCAUAAAGGAUACUCAUUUGGAAUUUUCUUUUUGUGAUAUCAUUACUGUUGAGUUUUGAGAAUUAUUAAUCUUUUUUGUAUACAAGCCAUUUACUGGAUAUAUGAUUGCUAAUUUUUAAAAAAAUUGUUUCUUUUUAAAUUUUUAUUUAUUAUUUAUUUAUUUAUUUAUUUAUUUUGAGACGGAGUCUCGCUCUGUCGCCCACGCUGGAGUGCAGUGGCGCGAUCUUGGCUCACUGCAAGCUCUGCCUCCCAGGUUCACGCCAUUCCCUUGCUUGAGCCUCCCGAGUAGCUGGGACUACAGGUGCCUGCCACCACGCCCGGCUAAUUUUUUGUAUUUUUAGUAGAGACGGGGUUUCACUGUGUUAGCCAGGAUGGUCUCGAUCUCCUGACUUUGUGAUCUGCCUGCCUCGGCCUCCCAAAGUGCUGGGAUUACAGGCAUGAGCCACCUCGCCCGGCCUAUUUAUUUAUUUUUUGACACAGAGUCUUGCUCUGUCGCCCAGGCCAGAGUGCAAUGACGUGAUCUCCGCUCACUGCAACCUCUGCCUCCUGGGUUCAAGCGAUUCUCCUUCCUCAGCCUGCCAAGCAGCUGGGAUUACAGGUGCGCACCACCACGCCCGGCUAAUUUUUUUUUUUGAGACGGAGUCUUGCUCUGUCACCCAGGCUGGAGCGCAGUGGCACAAUCCUGGCUCACUGCAAUCUCCGCCUCCUGGGUUCAUGCCAUUCUCCUGCCUCAGCCUCCUCAGUAGCUGGGAUUACAGGUGCCCGCCACCACACCCGGCUAAUUUUUUUUGUAUUUUUUAGUAGAGACAGGGUUUCACCGUGUUAGCCAGGUUGGUCUCGAUCUCCUGACCUCGUGAUCUGCCUGCCUCGGCCUCCCAAAGUGCUGGGAUUACAGGCGUGAGUCACCACGCCUGGCCAAUUAUUUGUAUUUUUAGUAGAGACGGGGUUUCACUAUGUUGGCCAGGCUGGUCUUGAACUCCUGACCUGGUGAUCCACCUGCCUCGGCCUCCCAACGUGCUGGGAUUACAGGUGUGAGCCACCGCGCCUGGCGUAGACAACCCAAUUUUUAACAAAAGCAAAGAUUUUUAACAGGCACAUUCCAGAAGAGGGCAUGCUGACAGUCAACAGGCACAUGGGAAAAGUGGUCAAACAUGAGUAGCCAUCAGGAAAAUCAACGACGUCCUACUACACUAAAAUGGAAAAAACAUCGCCGGACGUGGCCAUUUGCAAAUACCGUUUCCUGGUCUGUGUCUUUUGACUCUCCUGACAGCAUAUUUGAGUUAAUUUUUUAAUGUGUAAGGUAUGAGUGGAGGUCCUCAUUAAAAAUUGUUUAGGCUGGCUGUGUGGCUCAUGCCUGUAAUCACAGCACUUUGAGAGGCUGAAGUGGGAGGAUCAUUUGAGCCCAGGAGUUUGAGACCAGCUGGGCUAACAUGGCGAGACCCCGUCUCUACAAAAAAUAAGAAAAUUAGCUGGGUGUGGCACCACGCAUCUUUGGUCUCAGUUGUACAGGAGGCUGAGGCCAGAGGAUCACUUGAGCCCAGGAGAUUGAGGCUGCCGUGAGCCAUGAUUGCAGUGAGAUGUGAUCACAUCCAGUUACAUUUGAUUUUCAGAUAAACAACAGAAGUUUAGUAUAGGCUGGGGGCAGUGGCUCACACCUGUAAUCCCAGCACUUUAGGAAGCUGAGGCAGGUGGAUCACCUGAGGUCAGGAGUUCGAGACCAGCCUGGCCAAUAUGAGGAAACCCCGUCUCUACUAAAAAUACAAAAAAAUUAGCCAGGCGUGGUGGCGGGCGCCUAUAAUCCCAGCUACUCAGAAGCCUGAGGCAGGAGAAUCGCUUGAACCCGGGAUACGUGAACCCGGGAUACGGAGGUUGCAGUGAGCCAAGAUUGUGCUGCUGCACUCCAGCCUGGGUGAUAAGAGUGAAACUCCAUCUCAAAAAAAGAAAUUGGGGUUGUCUGUCUUUUCUCAUUGUUUCUGGAUCUGUGUGUCAGAGAUGUGUACUGCACACAUCCUUUCUCCGCCUAGCUUUGUUUUCACUCUUGGUGGUCGCAGACAUCUUGGGGGGCCACUUGAAGGAACUCUAAGCCGACCAGAGGCUGGGCUGGACUCACCGUUUGGCGCCCAGCCGGAGACCCCAGGGCCACCCUCCCUGGUUCCAUCCUGGGAGAGAAGAAACUUCCACUGUCCCAGUCUCUUCUGUGGUGACUUCUUUUGCUCAAGGGUUCACAAGGGCAGCAGACUGAUCUGCACGAGAGGGACUGAGCCUGGCUGCGGCCGUACCUGAUGCCUGUGCACACCUGUCCCUGGUGCAGGCCCUUCCCCUGCAGACCCGGUGACCUUGCCGUGUGAAGCUCACGAUGCCUGCUCCUUCUCAGAGUCCUCAUUUCUCCCUUUAACGCACACCCUGUCAGCGCCUCCGUCUAGCCCGUGUCCUCCAGACCUUUGAGGUCAGGGGCCUCAAUUCCUGGCACAGCCCCUCCACUCCAGGCCUCCCAGAAACAGACGAGAGCAUCAGGAUGUGCAGCGCCUGGGGUCCCACAGAGUGGUGCCCCCUUUUAGUGUCUUCUAGGCCCCUUUAGUGACAGACUACAGAAAAUACCUCUCAGGUCACAGGUCACCCCUCUUUGAUGAAGAGUCCAUAGAAUUCUCUGCUGCGCUUUGCAAGCACUUUCUCUUCUGCACGUUUGAAACCUACCAGGGCCUGUCCUGUCUUUCUCCUUGCCUCCUCGCGAGCUGAACCUAGUGUCUGGUCGCGGGACCCCCUGCCCAGGGUCAGAGGGGCGCCUACCUAACUCAGGGUCUUGGGCCGGAGGGAAUGGAGGAGGGGACGGGGUCGACUGCUCAGCUGUCCCCCCAGUUUCGGAGGCGGCCACGCGAGGAUCAACUGUGCAACGGGUGGGGCCGCGGCUGACCGUGGUGGUCGCGGGGGCUGAGGACCAGAGGCUGCUGGGGGGGGAGGGGGCGUCGGCGGUUGAGUCGGGCGCGGAGUCGGGGGCAGGAGGAGCGGGCGUGGAGGGUGCGCACGAGGUCGAGGCGAGUCCGCGGAGGAGGCGGGCAGAGCCUGAGCUCAGGUCUUUCUGCGUCUGGCGGAACGGGCGUGGGAGGGAGGUUUUCCCAGAUACCAGGUGGACUAGGUGGAGCGCCCGAGGGCCGGGACGCACGCACGGGCCGGGCAGGAUGGCGCUGGCGUCGAUGCCCGCGCGCUUCAGGGCCUGGUCUGGCCGCCCCUCCAUCCUUGUCGGUUUCUCGGGUUGCGGACCCCGCGCGGCGCCGGGCGAUGCUGGCCUGCCCGUGGCCACCACCUUGCUUCAUUCCCGUCUCUUUGGGCCGCCGCAUUCGUCCACGUGCCCGUCUCUCCCUGCGCAAAAUUCCAAGAUGAGCAAAUACUGGGCUCACGGUGGAGCGCCGCGGGGGCCCCCCUGAGCCGGGUCGGGGGCGGGAUCAGGGUCCGGCCGGGGCGUGCCCGAGGGGAGGGACUCUCCGGCUUGCGGCCCGGCACUGUCCGCGGUGCUCAGCGCCCGCCCGGGCGCGUGGGGGCCGGCGCGCCAUGGGGAACCGCAGCACCGCGGACACGGACGGGCUGCUGGCUGGGCGCGGGCCGGACGCGGGGGCGGCCGCGGGGGCAUCUGCGGGACUGGCUGGGCAGGGCGCGGCGGCGCUGCUGGGGGGCGUGCUGCUCAUCGGCGCGGUGCUCGCGGGGAACUCGCUCGUGUGCGUGAGCGUGGCCACCGAGCGCGCCCUGCAGACGCCCACCAACUCCUUCAUCGUGAGCCUGGCGGCCGCCGACCUCCUCCUCGCUCUCCUGGUGCUGCCGCUCUUCGUCUACUCCGAGGUCCAGGGUGGCGCGUGGCUGCUGAGCCCCCGCCUGUGCGACGCCCUCAUGGCCAUGGACGUCAUGCUGUGCACCGCCUCCAUCUUCAACCUGUGCGCCAUCAGCGUGGACAGGUUCGUGGCCGUGGCCAUGCCGCUGCGCUACAACCGGCAGGGUGGGAGCCGCCGGCAGCUGCUGCUCAUCGGCGCCACGUGGCUGCUGUCCGCGGCGGUGGCGGCGCCCGUACUGUGCGGCCUCAACGACGUGCGCGGCCGCGACCCCGCCGUGUGCCGCCUGGAGGACCGCGACUACGUGGUCUACUCGUCCGUGUGCUCCUUCUUCCUACCCUGCCCGCUCAUGCUGCUGCUCUACUGGGCCACGUUCCGCGGCCUGCAGCGCUGGGAGGUGGCACGUCGCGCCAAGCUGCACCGCCGCGCGCCCCGCCGACCCAGCGGCCCUGGCCCGCCUUCCCCCACGCCCCUCGCUCCCCGCCUCCCCCAGGACCCCUGCGUCCCUGACUGUGCGCCCCCCGCGCCCGGCCUUCCCCAGUGUCCCUACGGCCCCGACUGUGCGCCCGCCGCGCCCGGCCUUCCCCGGGGUCCCUGUGGCCCCGACUGCACGCCCCCCGACGCCGUCAGAGCCGCCGCGCUCCCACCCCAGACCCGCAGGAGGCGGCGUGCCAAGAUCACCGGCCGGGAGCGCAAGGCCAUGAGGGUCCUGCCGGUGGUGGUCGGGGCCUUCCUGCUGUGCUGGACGCCCUUCUUCGUGGUGCACAUCACGCAGGCGCUGUGUCCUGCCUGCUCCGUGCCCCCGCGGCUGGUCAGCGCCGUCACCUGGCUGGGCUACGUCAACAGCGCCCUCAACCCCGUCAUCUACACUGUCUUCAACGCCGAGUUCCGCAACGUCUUCCGCAAGGCCCUGCGUGCCUGCUGCUGAGCCGGGCACCCCCGGACGCCCCCCGGCCUGAUGGCCAGACCUCAGGGACCAAGGAGAUGGGGAGGGCGCUUUUGUACGUGAAUUAAACAAAUUCUUUCCCAAA